UAGCGCAUUAUUUGAUGGCUUGGUGCAUGCCUAUAGGGAUACUUACAGUGCUUUCACUUUCAGGGGAAGUAGUAGCUCAGUGGUUAAGAUGUUUUAAUCCCAGCACCACCAAGAUACCACCGAGACCGUGAGCAAGGCCCUUAACCUUUAAUUGCUCAGUCGUAAAAAAAAAAUUAAGCUAAUAAUCAUUGUAAGUUGCUCAGGAUAAGGUCAUUUACCGAAUUUCAUACAUGUAAAUGUACUUAAAGAAUCUGAUCCUUGGAUUUUGGGGAAAGAAACAAGGAGCACCUUUACCAAAACAGAGACUAUAUGCCUUUCGUUGGGCAAUGCCCCAACAUGCCAUGCCAUAUCACAACCCUCUCCUUUAUUAUAACACCCCUAGAAAGAUUGCACUGCUGCUACCUGAUUCUGUACUUCAGUUUUAAAUUCAUCAAGUUUUCCUGGUCAACUUUUAACAUCUUACGAGCGAGUCUAUGCGUCUACGUGUUAGUUAGAUAAGUGUUAAAACCACAGGUGGUUAGAAGUUGCUCAUGUGAAAGCAAAACCAUGAUUAAAUUAAUUGGCUCAAAAUCCACACCCGAAACUAUAAAAUAUCAUCUUUCCAGCACCUGGAUACUGUGGUUACCUGGACUGUGAUAUUAAAUGAGAUUGAAAUGGGAGAAAUUACAUCUAUCAAACAGCUCCAACUUCAUGAUCACGAUCUUAAAUGUAUCAUAUUGUAAAUAAUAAAGGACCUGUGAGCAUAUCUCUGACACUUGUACAGGUGCAUGUUUUGAUACAGGGAUUAGAGUAUAUGAGCUGGUAUAUGGGAUACAGUUUGGGCAUAAAUAAUUAAUCUUGCUGAAAUAUGAUCCAGUUUAAAGAUAUAUGUCACAAACGAGCGUGUGCAAAACGUGAAUGCACUCCUGUGAUGCAAAUCCUGAAGAUUGGGCACACUGAUUGGGCAAAUCCCAGUGCAGCCAUGUUUGUCUUGAACUUGUUCAUUCGAUGUACUGUCCAUUUCCGGUUUUACUUUCCGCUAAUGAUGAUUGAUUGUCAAGCUUGGUACCCCGUUCUCUCUCUCUCUCUCUCUCUCUCUCUCUCUCCAUCUCUCAUGCUCGCUCUCUCGGUCUGUUCCUUUUCCCGUCGGCAGAGGUCGCUUGGCGUUUCCCAAUGGAGCCUGAGCGCAUGGACGCGUUCUCCAGCUACUUACACCCCGAGUGUGUGAAUUUAAUACCAAAGCCGUUCACUGCGCGCGAGCAGCACGGGUCUCAGCGCCGUGCUCGUGAAAAAGGUCACACGCACGCAGUUGUCAGCUUUAAAGUUUUGCUCUUUUUCUCUUUUUCAUUUCUUAUCAUUCACUUGAAUAGCAGAGUGCACUAUUUCCUGCCUUCUGAAAGUGAACUUCAUUAUGAUUAUAAAUAUUAUUAGUAUUUUUGAAUAGCGCUCGGUCCUGGUGAACACAUCCAGAAGUCAGUGCAUUAACCUUAGGCAUAAAUAGAGCGGCUGAUCUGUGUUUUUAUUCGUGCUGAAGUGAAAAACCGCGAACGGAUGUGAGGAAAAAAGAGCGCCUGGAGAGAGAGAGAGAGAGAGAGAGAGAGAGACUCAACCCCUUUUUUUCUUCUUUCAAUCGUUCUGUUUCUUUUUUGUUUGGGUUAACAAUAGAGCAAGCGCGCGCCCGAGAGAGAGAGAGAGAGAGAGAGAGAGAGAGAGAGAGAGACUCGUAGACGCUGAACCUGUUUUCAUGCCUUCAGUGGAGCGGAGCGGGCGAUGGAUGUGAGAUUUUAUCCAGCACCCCCUUCGAGCGUGGGCUCCUGCACAUUAUCCACCGACUCCAGCCUCGCCUCUCUGGACUAUUAUCACUGCAACAAGAACAGAUACAGUGUAGGAGAUCGUGCUAGACUGUACAGCGGUUUGCCCGUGAGGCCCAACCCUGACGGGAAAAGACUGCCCUCUUCAGGGUUUGAUGGUGAAAACAUGUACAUGAAUGAGAAUAACCAAGAGUUCCUUUCCCCAAGUCAGCAGAACUAUUCUGGGCAGGGAGGAGGGAGUGGGAAUGGAGGCGGUGGUGGCGACGAGGACUAUGAGAUUCCUCCUAUAACCCCACCGAACCACCCCGAGCCUCCUCUGCUGCAUCUGAUGGAUCCAGAGUCCGGCUAUCUGUGUCACUCGCUGCCCCAUAACGGCCUGAUCAACCCCUACACGUACCCCGAGCUGCCCGCUGCUCUUAUGAUGUCAAACAUGUUACAGGAGAGUCAUCUGCUCUCAAGCCAAAUGCCCUCGAUGCAGGCUCUGGCCGGGUCAGACAGCGGGCACUACCCCCGUGCCCACCAUGUCCCCAAGCUAAACACUCCUACGAUACUGCCCCAUCCUAUGAGCGCUCUGUCCCAGCUCAGCUCUCGGAUUGGCCGAGACUCCUUUACCUACGCUUCCCCUUCGUCCGUGGGAAGUCAGUCAGCCACGCCCUCCCCUUCGAACUCCACCCAGGAAGAGGAAGCAGAAUACCACGCAAAGAUCACGGGAGAGAAAAGACCAUCCUCAGACAUGAUGAAGCCCAAACCCAAACCUCAGAAAAAGAAGAAGAAGAAGGAUCCUAACGAGCCUCAAAAGCCCGUCUCAGCCUACGCCCUCUUCUUCCGGGACACUCAGGCGGCCAUUAAGGGGCAGAACCCCAACGCUACGUUCGGAGACGUCUCCAAGAUAGUGGCUUCCAUGUGGGACAGUUUGGGAGAGGAGCAGAAGCAGGGGUAUAAGAGAAAAACAGAAGCGGCUAAGAAGGAGUACCUGAAGGCCCUGGCAGCGUACCGAGCCAGCCUGGUUUCCAAGACCUACAAUGACCCAGUGGAGAGUAAAAGUGCCCAGUCUAGCCAGCCUUCAUCCCAUAUGAUGCCCCCGAACCCACCGCUAUACAGUGUGCCCCCUCAGCCUUCCUCUCCCUAUUUGGGCCCGAAUCCCUUCCCUCUAUCUGACCUACAGAGUUACGCGGCGGCCGGAGCACCUCGGCACGCGCUGCCCCGCUCGGCCAUGCUGCCCGCACUCAGUGCCUCCCCUCCGGCCUCGUUCCAAAUCAGCCCCCCUCUCCACCAGCAGCUCUCCCUGCACCAGGGCUCACUCCUCAACCAGCCAAUCCGCAUGCAGCAGGUCCAGUCGCAGCCAAUCAUCUCUCACCAGAUGGGCCUCCAGGCCUCACUUCACUCCCCUGCCCCAGGCCAGCAGGGCUUCUCUCACUUACAGUCAGAAUAUCAGAAGACUGUGGGAGGCUCUCAGUCUCCUGGAGCUCCAAACCCAGUGGGACAGAACCCUGACUGGGACAGUGAGUACUGCAAUCGGGAGUGUGGAGGAAACCACUGCAGUGGCAGCAUGAUAGGCAGGGACAAGCCACUCUACCUCACUUGAAGUGAAUGGAGAAGAAACAAAAAAGACGAUGUGUGACAAAAAGUGAUGAAACAACACCAGGGAGUACCCUACACCUCUCCACCCUUUUCCCCCCUCCGUCACCUUCUGUUUUCACUCAGUGUCAUUUUCAUUCGUUUUUAGAAGGAUGUGUACGCGUGUUCUGAAGACUACUAGUGAUCCUCUCAUUUUUUGCCAAGCACUUAAAAUGUACAGGCCUCCCACUGGAGACCUUCCAGAGCACUCUUACUUUCUCUGAAUUAAAAAAAAAAAAAAAAACAUAGAUAUAUUAAAGGAAAAAAAUAAACAAACUACCAUAAAACUGGCCCUCAGGGCAAACGAGCUUUAAUUAAAAUAGAGGAAAAUGUUCCUCUUCUUGAUUACUUUCUCAUGCCCUUGUUUUUUUUUUAAUUUUUUAAUUUUAUUUUUUUUUAUUUAUUUCUUGCUUGCUACAAUGUUUUUUUUUGCCAAUAACAGGUCCUGUACUGUAGAGAAAUACUCUUAUGAUGAAGUCAUUAAAGACCAACAACUUAUUGUAGGUCCAUCUUAUGCUCUGUGAAAAGAUAUUAGUAAAGGUCAGAAAAAGAAAAAAAAGAGAAACAGGUGAAUAGAUAAAAACAUUUAACUUCUUUUUUUUGUAAUUUUUAAAGACUUUAAUAGGUCUUUAUUAAUCUGUCACAGUGUGAUUGUAAAUAUCACUUUUUUGGGGGAUCAAAUUGGGGGAAAAAAUGAAGUCCAGAUAUUUUUUUCUUCUUUAUUAUGACUUAUAAUUAAUUAAUUUGUAUUUUAAAUGGUAUCCUGUGAGUGUGUGCUGGGAUGUGAGCAACAGAGUGCAUGUGUGGGUGAGUGUGUGUGGGUGAGUGUGUGUGUGUGUGUGAGUGUGAGUGUGUGUGUGUGUUGAAAAAUUGUUCAGCUUGUGCAGAUAUUAGAGGAGUGUUUCAAACAAACACAAUCUUGCAUUAAAUUUGUUCUUACUGGUGAAUUGUCAAAUAAAAAUUGAUGGUUCAAAACCA